AGAAAUUUAAUUGUCUCAUCAGUGAAGUAUCUGUUUGUGUGUCUCGUUCUAGUAGAACGAGACACACUCCACCAAUUCAGAUUUGCUCUUCGGAACGAUUUGAGCGUCGCGUAAGCAUUACAGUUAGUAUAUAAGUUCCUUGGUGCUGGCUGCCAGAUCGUACCGCCUUUUUACAAUAUACAAAAAGAAGAAGCAUGGACCUGCUUUUUACAAUUCUAUCAAAACAUUUAUUUUCUUUACUUAAGAAGGUUGGCCUGGUACCUGGCCUUACAAUUUUUUUUGGAGGUUGGAGGUUUAAUAACCAUCUUAUUUAAUUUUCUCAUGUGGCAGCACUGGGUGGUUGUUUGAAUGUUUCGUUUCUGGUCUGGUUUGUCUUGUUGUUUUUGGGAGUUUUUGGCGGGAUUUCAUCGAGUGCAGUUGGCGUAUUAAAAAUAAUACUCUUUGGUUGGCGUUUUAUUUUAAUUAUUCUUAAUUUCGUUCAUAGUGGAUAUUGUAAAAUAGAAUUGGUGUGAUUUUGCGUAACAACUAUCAGCGCAACUGAAUAAUAAGUGGAAUCUUUAAAAUAUACGCUAUUCCGGUUAAGUGGACGUGAGAACUUUAUUGUAGUGUUGACUACCUCACCAUUUCGUGCCAAACACUCCAAGAAACAUCAGAAUGCAUCACACUGAUAUUGUAAUGUAAAUAAAAAACAAAGAUUAAGAUUCAUAUUUAAUAUAUGUAUACGAUUGAAGGACUUGUAUCCAUGGUCAUGAAUCACAGAGUACCUUAUUUUAACCGGAAAGUCAUGAAUAAUUAAAAAGAAAAAAAAAUGUUUGUGUUUACCGGCCUAAAAAAACCGGCUGAUGAUGAUUGAUGCGCUAGCAUCACUUUGUAAUUUGUGGACUGUUGCCUGUUGCCGGCUUAUCUGAUAACCAGGUUGAGUGUUGAAGAUUUCGCUGCCGAAAUCGUUUGUUUCCGUUGCAGCUGUACUUCUCUUACUUAGAAUAGUAAUGGAUUCUGACGAAGAAAAAGAAGACUUUCACGCAUGGAGAGGUGUACCAGGUACAAUAAUACUCAUCAAUGUUUUUAAUUCAAUGCAAAACGAGUCGGCUACUCGAAGUCACGUCGCAACAUGUCGUUUGAUUCGACAUCAUUUACGGCAAGCGAACACACAUUACGUAGGUGUUUGUCUUUACGGAACAAGUGAUUCCGAUUCUUCAAACUUUGGUUCCCAAAAUGUAUUUGAAGUAUUCCCUUUGAGUUUACCUAAUUUGGACGACUUUAAAAAGUUACAGAACAUCAAUAUAACAUCAUAUUCUCAAAAUAAGACCCUAAUAAUGUCUGAUGCUUUAUGGCAUUGUAGUAAAAUGUUUGCAAACUGUAAAAAGCAGUUGGUAACCCGCACAGUACUAUUACUCACAACAUUGGAUGUACCACCUAUUCAGACUGACAGAGAUCCGACUUAUUCAAGAGUCAAAGAAAUGGUGAAGUCUGAUAUAGAAAUAAAAAUAAUAAAUGUUGCAAGCAAUGAUAAUACACCUCAUGAAUUUUACAAAGAGUUUUUGAUAGAUGUGAGUGGAAAUCAUGAUGUGAAAUUACCUAGGCCAGUGUGGGAUCACCAGGAAAUAGAAAACUUAAUGUAUAAGCAGUCCCAUCGCAAUUUAGCCAUCGCUCAACUGAUGUUUGAGAUUGGUGAAGGAUUAGAAAUUGGUAUUGGGGUGUAUAGUCUUUUAAAAAGUAACUCAAAACCCAAGAAAGAUGAUUUAGAUAGAGAUACAAAUGCAUUAGUGACUACUGUCACCAAAACACAAAAAGUGUCCAUAGAAUGUAAAUCAAGUGAUAAUUCCAUGGAUGUGGAUGAAGAUGAAAGUGAAAACAAGAAAUUACCACUUUUGAAAUCAGAACUGAUACAUUAUCAAACAUAUGGCAAAGAGAAAAUUGAGUUUACUGACAAGGAAAAGAAUAUGAUAUCUAAUCCUUUUGGUCCCCCUAUGAUGAAACUCCUGGGAUUCAAACCAGCUAGCAUGAUGAGAAAAGAAAAAUGGUAUUACAAGUCUAGUUACUUUUUAUUUCCCAAUGAAAACACUGUUGAAGGCUCUACUAAAGCUUUUAAAGGAUUACAUAAAGCUUGUAUUGAUACAUCUGUUGUUGCAAUAUGUGUUUUAUGUACUAGAGUCAACUCGAGACCUAAUAUUGUUGCAUUAUCCCCAUGUUCCCAUCCACUUGGUUUAGACAUUGAAAUUGGUUUUGAUAUUAUAAGAAUUCCUUUCAUGGAACAAGUUAGGCAACUGUCAAUUGAAGAAAGUGAAGAAAAUAUGGAUAUACCACAAGCUCACAAAGCAAUAAUGUCAGAUGUCAUUAACAAAUUAAGAUUUGAUUACAAGCCUGACACGUUUGAAAAUCCUGUCUAUCAAUCACAAUUCAGGGCUAUAGAAGCCAUUGCACUUGGUGAUGAAGAAAUGGAACCAUAUAUUGACACAACAAAAACUGAUCCAGAUAAGUUUAAUGAUAUUAAAGGUGAUUUAUUUCAAGAUAUAUUUGGUCCAUUUGGCGCAACUGCUACAAAACGCACUACAACUACAAAAGAGUCUGGUACAACAAGCAAAAAGGGAAAAACAGUCAAAGACAUUGAAGUUGGAGUUCUACAGGAUCGACUUAAGAACAAACAAAUAGAUGGGUAUAAUAUAACUCAACUCAAGCAGAUACUGAGCUCUAAAGAUAUACCAAAUCUCAAAUCAAUUGGUAAAUUAAAAAAGAAUGAAUUAGUAGAGUUGGUUUAUGAGCACUUUGGUUAGGCAAUAAUAAUAUUUUAAAAAUAUGUUUUGAAGUUAUAAUAGGUUGGGGAAAAGUCUUUUCGCAUUAUAAAAUGUAUGAACUUGUAAUAAAAUCUCUUUAGUUAUACCUUUUGUACCUAGCUGGUUUUGGUAUCAUUGAAAAAUUUAAAUUCUAAAGAAGAUAAAUUCAAAAUAGAAAAAUGUAUGAUUCUUAUUGUUAAUAUAAGUGAAUUUAAUGAAGAAUCUCUAUACUUUUUAAAAUUAUACUAUAAAAAACGUGCGAUAAAGUUCAUGGUCAAGGGCUGGUCUUCAGGCUUCACAGACUCUGGUGAAACCUGGGUUAACUUGGGCAUUAUUCAUUAUGAGCUGUUACCGCCGGGCAGGACCAUUGAUUCUUAACUCUACUGUGUACAAUUGAUAAGAUUAAAGCAAGAAGCUGAGAGGAAGCAGCCGGAAUCAAUCAACAGCAGGGUUGUGCUUUUUCAUCAUGAUGACACUACGCACAUCUUUAGCCAUUCAGUAAAAAUUAAGUGUGACUGGGAGGUGUUAAUGUAUCCGCCGUAUAUUCCUGAUCUUGCACCUUCCAAUUUCUCUUCAGAAAUCUUUAGGUAGUGUCAGGUUUACAUCUAAACAGGACUGCCAAGACCGCUUCUAGUGGUUUGGUUUUCACAAGAUGGCAAAAAGUUAUCAAACAAAAACAAACAAAAUGGCACCUGGGUUCUCUAAUUAAAUUUAAAUAAACUGUAUCAAAUAAUGUUGCAAAGAAACUUUUUCCUCAACCUAAUAAUAAAAUACAAAUUAAGUAUACCAAACUAACAACUUUUUUCAAAAUGUAAAUAACCUAUAUGGAUUAAAUAAAAGGCUUUAUUAUUAUUAGAAGUAUUCCUGAUAUUUUAUUUAGAUAUACAAGGAUCCAUCUGCUGGUCCUAAAUGGUGGAUUCCAAUCAGUAAAGCAUCUACCAAAGUCCAUACUCCUAAACCCCCAAAACUAAAGAGUUUUCCAAUGCCUUCUUGCCAAUGACCAAGGUAAAAUCUGUCAGCUCCAAAUCCUCCAAGAGUAAGAGCUAGAAUCAAGGCAGUGCCCCAUCUUGUACCAGCAGUCCACGAACAACGUAUUUUCUUCAAGAAUGUUCUGUUACCCAAACAAAUAACAUCAUCUGAAACUGUGCAGUUUGUUAAAUAGAAUGUGAGUGGAGAUGCCACAGAAUUGCAAUUUGCUUUUUGAUCACAUCUAUGUUCCCAUUUUUCAGUUUGAUAGCAAAAUCUGCACAUAGCUGUUCUGUUAAAUGAUCUAGUGCCAUUACAAAGAACUUUUGGUUUAACCAAACAUGUAUAAUCUGAUAAUCCUCCAUAACGGCAAUCUAUACUUCUAUUACAAAUAAUACAGGGAUAAUUCAAGAUGGAGCACAGUGUUAUAUUUUUUUGAUCAAGACAACUUGAUAAAUAUUCUUCAUUUUCACUAAAGUUUAGAAACUUAUCAUUGCUAUCGUCUUUUGCCUUGUUCUCCUUGUUUGGUAUGUUAUUGUUCGCCAUAUCUGUAAUAUGUAUUGUAUUCAAUAUAACUAAAACAACUAAAAUAAGGCUGUCUCUAAUGGAUAUUCUUAGAGGUAAAAUUCUCGGCAUUCUAUUAGUAAAAUUUAUAAACAGUAAGUAGUACCAUUUAUAAACAGAGUUAUCGUUCACUUUCGAUUCCACACUCCACCCACACUACUUGGGCCUGAUUCUCAAAGCCUAAAACUAAAUUAGACAAUAGUCUAUCAUUUUCCUUCUUUAUUGAACGUGACAAGGAUAUACUACAGUCAAAAAUUAUGUAUUUUUGAUAAACCCUUAGAUACUUGAUUAAACCAGGGCAGCGUUCAAUACCUACGAUCUAAGAGGUACUUUUUAACCUGACUUCAAUAUUGACAUAAAAUGU